GGCGAUGCUGCAGCCCCGGCUCCAUUCCCGGACCUGCGCGAUGAGGCUCCAGCCCCCAGCGCGGUUCCAGCCCCGGAGCCGCGGGGUGAAGCCCCGUCCCGGUCACCGACUCCAGCCCCGUUCCCGGCUCCAGCCCCGUCCCCAUCCCGUUCCCGGCGGGGCGAGGCUCCGUUCAGCCGUGACCACAUCUCGGCGGUGGCCCGGGCGGCAUCUUGGAGUUUCACAAGAGGGGAGGAUUCCUGGAUAUCAUCCAAGGGAAAUUCCCCCCCACUCAUCACCCAGGCACCCUCUCCCUGCCGGUGCCCCGGGAGACGGGGGUGCACACCCACCCGAGGGUCCCCUCCACCCCCACCUCGGGACUCUUGGCUCCGGGACAAGCCCCGUUUCUCGCCGGGGUCCCGCCACGGAUCGGGGCCUCCCCGCUUCUUUGCAGGGGGAUUGGGAGGGAAAUUUGGGACGAGGCCAGAGCUGCUGCAUGGAAAGAGCCCGGCGGGUGCAGCUGGGGGGGUCUGGAGGGUGGGAAGAGGAUUUUUGGGGAUGGGUGGGUCAGUGUGUCAGACGGGCUCUGGAGAGCCAGGGCGGAGGAGGAGAUUUGCAGGAGAGACGGAGAAAUGGUGCGGGAGAGGGGAGAGGGGCUGGAUCGGGAAUGUGGAGGUGGCCAAGAGCCACAUCCAGGCGUGUGUCACCGGGCCUUGGGAAAUUCCCUGCUGACCUGGAGCUCCUAAAAAUAGCAGGAUGGGGAUAGGCACGGGGUUGGAGGACCACAGUGGGAUUAUCCUGCUGGACCGUGGCCAAGUGCCGGCUCCCACAGAGGUGGUCAUGCCGGGGGGUGGUGGAGAUUGGCAGGGGGCUUGGCAUGUGUGUGGGUUAUCUCUGCUUCAAACUCUUCCUGUGUCGUGCUCAGGUGUGCCUGCUCCGCUGCUCCCUGCUCUCGUCCCUCCUCCUCCUGCUGCUCCGCAUCCAUGAGACGGAGCAGAACAGCUACUGCCAGCAGAUCAUCACCGAGAGGCACCUGGCCGAGCUGGAGGAGCUGGCUGACACCCAGAUGCAGCACCCGGGCAGGGUCUCCUUCAAGUUCAUUGACAAGAUGCAGUUGAACGACUCCAUCUGCUAUGUGAAAGCUGCCUUCCCCCUGAUGGGCAAGAUCCUGGAGAGAACGGAGUUCAAGGAGAACUCGUCCAACGCCCGGAAGAUGCAGAUGGUGCGCAGGAUGUACAACAGCAUCGAUGAGAAUGUGGACCCCUGCAUCAGGGAUGAGGAUGAUGAGGAGAGAAUGCUCUCACAGAUGUGCUUCAAGGAGUUCACCACGUCCCCCUACGAGAUGCUGGUGCUGGUGAAGGAUUUCUUCCAGGACAUCAAGCGACUGCUGCAGAACCAGGAGACUUUUGAGAAGGAUUGCAGCCGAGUGUACCGCAGGGUGUGCCCGGGACCCAGGAAAGCUGGAUCCUCACCAGGUGUGGGGACAGAUCCUGACUGCAAUUGCCUGUCCCCUGCCCUCCCUCCUGCCACCCAGCCCUCCCUCUCUGCUGCCACUGGCAGGGACACGGCACCCGCUAGCACCCGGCUCCCUUCCAGCCUCCUCCAUACCACCCUCGCUGACUUAGAGGCCCCAUCUCAGCCCCCCAGUAGCACGGACGGGGGCUCAGGGACCGAGGAGGUCCUGGGUGCCGGGCUAGGUGACCCAGCACUGGCCUUGGCCCCCGGGAUGAAGCAGACAGCUCCAGCCAGCAGUGCCGAAGCCCUCCAGGAUCCGGCCGGGACGCUGAGCCUGGCCCGGGGCGACAUCCCCGUCCUCCGUGGGGAUGGCGAGCUGGUGGAGUGGGACACCGGCCACCUGCCGCAGGAUCCAGGCCAGCAGUGGGGAGGCUCCCUCCUCCCGGAGCAGCCCGGCGGGCUCAGGACCAGCCCUCCGACAGCAUCGCCCAGCGCCGGCCCGACGGGCGGAGGCAGAAUCCGUGCCCAGCCCGAGCCUGGCACGCAGCUCCGCUUCUCCAGGAUGGCCCCGGAGCUGCCAGCCCCGGGCAGCCCCAGCCACAGGGCGAGGGCGUGGGGCUGGGGGCCCGAGGAUGGCGGUGGGGCCGGGCCCAGCUUUGACUCUGGCUUUGUUCUGGGCGCAGAGCAGCGCAGGAAGGAGCCGCCCGCCAGCGAGGGCCGCCAGGAGCCCCUCAUCUACAUUACGGUGGCCAGCGUGGUGGCCGUCCUGCUGGCCACGGGAGGGCUGCUCUUCUACAAGUAUAAAUCCAGGGUCCUGGAGCGGUCACUGGAGGAUGGAGGCUGUGACCCCGACGAGCCAGAGAGGAGGGCGCUGCAGGGAGCAAGGGAAUGUUCAGAGCUGGAGACUCAGGAUCUCUGAGGGCCCCAGGCAGGAUGUGAAGCUGCUCGGGGGACGGAUCCGGAUGGAAGGAGGGGUGGCACGCGCCAGCCUUGCCGCGAUCCCACCGUGAUGCUGACACUCCCUCUUCCCUUGCCCCGUGCCCACGGCCAGAGACUGCAAAAAACCUCCCUGGCAGGGACAAAAGGAUGGGGGGAUGUGCCCUGAGUGGGACCCCCGGCACCGGGAAGUGAAGGGCUGGAAGGAGUCGGGACCAUGAGCACAGGCUUUGCAGCGGGGGCCGGUGCGACGCUGCGGUGCUGAGCAGGACCGUGGAGGUGCUGGAUGUGGGAUGAUGGAAGCAGAUCCCACUUGGACACGGCCAGAGCUGGAUGAAGAUAGAUGGGAUCGGCUCCCCAAAUCCUCGGGCUUUUCUCCCAUCCCAGCAGACUGGCUUUGGAGCAGCACCCAUCGCAUCCUUCACCCUGCCUUUCCUGAGGCUUCAACUGGAGCAUCCUGAAUUCCAGGGGGGCCCGUCCUGAGACCCCCAGCCCUGAUUUGCAACUCAAACCCUCACACUGUGAAUAUUUAAAGCCCACCCGUGCCCAUGUCCCUGCACGGGGCUGGGUUUGGGGUGACCCUUGGCGCCAUCCCAGUCCCUCCCCAUCCUCCUGUUGUUAGGGCUCAUUUUUAUUUUUGUUUUUUGUAGAGUGAGAGUGGAUGAAAGUCUUUAUCCUGCACAAGUGUUCUGGGGGGCCGUGUGCCCCUCACAGGGUCCUCGCCGCGAGCUGGCCUCGCUGGGAUUCCAUUUCUUUGGUGGCUGCGCUUUGGAGAAGGGAAUGGGGCUGGGAAGGAUGGGAUCCACGUGGGUGUAAGAGCUGGAACUGCCCCCACCGGUCACCCUGGGGCUUCUUGGCACUGCCCCACUCCCGGGCUUUGGGAAGAGCCUGGUUUGGGAUGCACCAGCCCUGGAGAUGCCCCAAAAUCCAACGGCUCCCUCCAUCCAGCCCUGGAUGAAGCGUGGCCCGCGCUGCUCUGGGAGUUUCAAGCAUUAUUUUUAUAUGAAGGAUGAAAAUAUGGACAAACCCAACUGUUUUUAAAGAAAGCAUCACUAUUAAUUUGGGGUUUUAUUGUGUGUAUUUAUGACUGGCAGAAGGAGGGGGUUCCUGGGCGAGGGACUGGUGUAAAUCAGGAUAAAAGCCCUGAUGCAGCAGGAAGUCUGGGGCCAAACUCCUGGUGGUGUAAGUCACCAGUUUACACUGUGGAGGAGCUGCUCCUGGGGGAGAAAACUUGCCUUUACCCAUGUUGGAGUUAUUUUGCCUUUUUUUUUGUUGUUGUUGUUGUUUGGUUGGGGCUUUUUGUUGGUUUUGGGAUGUCUUUUUUUUUUUAUACAAUGAAAUCCUGAAAUAUUUUAUACAAAGGCAUUUAAAAGUCUAUUUAAAGAAAAUAAUGGAAAACAACUUGUAUAUUUAAUAUUAUUAAUAAACAGAGAGGUGUAGCUUGGUGUAA